AUGGUAAAACAGUAUUUUGACCAACUAAUGAUUGACGAGUUUGGAGGAAAGUUAUCAUAUGGUGCACAAUGGAACACCAUAAGGAACACUGUGGAAACAAAUGGACCCAAGCUUUUAGAGGAUGAUUUAUCUACAAGGCAUGUCUCUAUCAUUCUCGCAUAUAUUAAAUUAGUAUUAGCACAUAUCUUAAUCCUGAUCAUUCAUUCAAGAAAAGGAGGCAAUAAUAGCGCAAAUAUACACGAGGGUUACUCUACCCGCAUAUAUUUCUACAAAAAAUUUGAUGUGAUCUAUUGCAGUAUUAUUGUAAGAGGGUCUAUUGCAAUAGUGAUGAAAGCAAGAGGGGAAAAAUGUUCCAGAGGUGAAUCCAUCAAAGAAAGACAACUCUUCUAUUGCGGAAAAAGAGGAAGGGUUCGUCUACAAGAUAAAAAUAGGAAGAAAGAUGUUCUCGUUCUAAUAUCUGGGAAGGAAGAACCAGAGGCUCUGUUGCCUCCUGCCAUGGAUGCUGUGAUAAGAAUAUUUAAGAGUCUCCAUGGACUACCUGAUGGUGAAGCCCCUGAUGCAGCUGGAGCUGCAUUUUGUUUGAUUCGAUUAAUUGUGGCAUCAGCACAAGCCACGAGUUUAAUAGGAAAACAAGGCUCUGUGAUCAAGUUGAUUCAGGAGGGCUCCGGUGCCUCUGUGAGGGUUCUCUCCAAUGAUGAAUUGCCAAUUUAUGCCAGUUCUGAUGAAAGGAUUGUUGAGUUACAUGGGGAAGCUCUCAAGGUUCUUAAAGGUUUAGAAGCUGUGCUGGGGCACCUGAGAAAAUUCUUGGUGGAUCAUACUGUUCUUCCCCUUUUUGAGAAGAAUUAUAAUGCACCGGUCUCUCAGGAACGACAAGUAGAUGCUUGGUCUGACAAGACAUUGCAUUCUUCUACUUCAGACACAGCAAUUGACACUGAUUACCCUCUUACAGUGAAGAGGAAUUCUCUAUUUCUAGAUCGUGAUAGCCUGAUGGAAUCAAAUAUUACUCCUUCUAGGCUUUCCUUGUAUGGACCAGAGUCUGGCCUUGACUUUCGUAUUUCAGCAAUGGGGCGUGCUGGUAGGCCUGUUGUUACUCAGAUUGCCCAGACAAUGCAAAUACCACUCGCUUAUGCCGAGGAUAUAAUCGGGGUUGGGGGAGCAAAUAUUGCCUAUAUUCGACGGACUAGUGGUGCUAUCCUCACUGUGCAAGAAAGUAGAGGCCUGCCUGAGGAAAUCACUGUGGAAAUAAAAGGAACUUCUUCACAAGUCCAAGCAGCUCAGCAACUAAUUCAGGAGUUCACAAGCAGUCAUAAAGAAUCACUUCCAAGCAGUUACGGCCAGCUGGAGUCGACUUCGCGGCUUUCCUAUGCUCAUUUAGGUAGUAACUCUUACUCAUCAUCAUCGUAUGACAGACAACCUUAUGGUGACUACAGAUCAUCUGGUAUUGGAGGAUAUAGUGGUUACAGACUGUGAAUGGGUAGGCAGAACAAUCUUAUGGUGAUUAUCCAUCCUCUGGUGUUGGAGGAUUAGUAUCUUUUUAGGCUAUAUGAAUGGAUAGGCCGAAUUCUUGGUUCUUGUCUUUCUUCCUAUCCUUUCAGUCAUUUUCAGAUCCUGGUGUAAGUAUCUGCAGAUUUUACCUUGAAAAAACAAAUAUAUAUCUUUAUAGCUUGUUUAUUGUUGAUAUUUGUGAUUAUUUGAGCGUUUUAAGGAAAUUUGGCCUCAAUAUUA